ACGACGGAAGGGUGCCGCCUCCUGGCCCCUCAGCGCCGAGCGAAAGGAGAAAGUGAGUGAGAAGGCUGACAGCAGGCACGAGUGCGGGACGUGCGAGAAAGGGACACUGGCCCGAAGGCGAGCAGUAAACGCCGCGACCUCAGUACGCGCUCGGGCAGGAUGCGGGCCUGGUCCCAGUCGCGGGGUGUUACGUCGGUGACAUUGGGCUUGCAACAUUGUUGAUGGAAGUAGUACAGUGUGUCGCAGAAUUGAGUGCGGUUCGGGUUGGGGCCCGGUUGGCGUCUCUUGUUUUUUGUUGACUGUCGACGCGUCCAGUGCCAUCGAUUCGAUCGCUCGUCAUCGCAGUGGCGUUUGUCAUUUCGCGCGGUCCAGUGUGCGUAAUUUGCGUGGAGGUCGUGCUCGCGAUCCGGGAGCAGAGCUGCAACCUUUUUUACGCGCUAACCAGGCCAUUUACACUGUGGUGCCAGUAAUUUUACAUGUCGCUGCGCCCUGCCGUCCCUGCUGUCAGUGAAAGUGAGUGCUCGGCGCGACCGGGCAUGUGCAGUACGUGUGGGUAGAGGACGGGGAGGAGGCCGCGGCACGGGUGGCGACAGCAUCAUUACUGUGUGUUCCUGCCCCCUGCUGUAAGGAGGAGGCUGAUGUAACGCCACCGAUGCAUCUGGCGCUGCCUUAGCUGCUUGCAUUGUAUGCACAACAGCCACUACUUUGUAACGCGAAGGCGAAGUGGCGGCGGAGGUGACUGAACUCCCAGGUUUCAAAGGCAUCCAAUGUGAAUCUCAUCAUUAUUUCCGAAUCUAUUUGAAGGAAAAUGGGGCAGCGAACUAUAAUCGUGGCUGCAAUUGUGGCUGCAUGUGCUAUCUGCUACCACAAUAGCAUCUAUUGUGGUUUUGUUUUUGACGACAUCAGCGCCAUAAAGGAUAACAAGGAUCUCAGACCAACAACACCAUUAAAGAAUAUAUUUCACAAUGAUUUCUGGGGAACAUCCAUACGCAAGGAGCAGAGCCAUAAAUCCUAUCGUCCUUUAUGCGUGCUAACGUUUCGCUGGAAUUACUGGCUGCACGAACUUCGUCCUGCGGGCUAUCAUGUCGUUAACGUAAUAUUACAUAUGAUAGUGUGCUAUUUCUAUUAUAGAGUAUGCCAUAUAUUUCUACCUCAUAUUGCGAGUGCAGUAGCUGCACUUCUGUUUGCUGUUCAUCCAAUACACACGGAAGCGGUCACUGGUGUUGUAGGGAGGGCUGAGUUGCUGUCAUCAGUCUUCUUUCUUCUAGCAUUUUUAUCGUACAUAAAAGCUACAAAACCAACACGUCGAACAAAUUGGUUGUAUUUGUUUUACUUUGUGCUGUGCGUAACUAUAGCAAUGUUCAGUAAGGAGCAAGGAAUAACAAUUACAGGUGUUUGUGUUGUAUACGAAUUGUUAGUCGUACAAAACAUCUUACCUCUGGAUUAUAUUAGAAUGAUUCAUUCGUACAUUAACAAAGAUGCAUCCUCACUAAGUUCUAUUGGUUUCUGUUGGAAAGUUUUCCGUCGCGUGAUUUUCUUAACAGCCUUGACAAUUCUACUGUUGCUGAUUCGUCUGAAUAUAAUGGGGACGCAAUUACCUGUUUUCACUCGAUUCGAUAAUCCAGCAUCUGUUGCCGAUACUCCUUCAAGACAGUUAACUUAUAACUACUUGCUAGCAGUAAACCUUUGGCUUGUACUGUUUCCGUGCGAGCUAUGCUGUGAUUGGACAAUGGGAACUAUUCCGCUUGUGGAAAGUUUAGCUGAUGCUCGUAAUUUGGUUACAGUGUUCACGUACUUUAUGUUGUUUGCGGCUCUUUACAAAAUUUUAACUUCUACGAAUAGACAAUAUGUUACGAUAAUGUGUAUGGUAUUCUCACUAAUGGCAUUUCCCUUCCUCCCUGCAUCGAAUCUUUUCUUCCCGGUUGGGUUUGUGAUAGCCGAAAGAGUAUUAUAUAUGCCGUCGAUGGGUUUUUGUAUGCUCGUCGCUUACGGAUUUUACCUGAUCUACAGGCGAAUGGAAAAUAAAAAAGUUGCUGCUAUAAUGUUGGCUGUGAUAUUGAUUCCGCAUGCAAUUCGUACAUAUCGUCGGAAUUGGGAUUGGGAAACUGAGUAUUCAAUAUUUAUGUCGGGCUUAAAAGUGAAUCAGAGAAACGCAAAAUUGUUUAAUAAUGUCGGACAUGCACUGGAGAAUAGCGGAGACUAUACACAGGCUUUAGUCUUCUUCAAAAAGGCUGUGGAGGUACAAAACGAUGAUGUCGGGGCAUACAUCAACGUUGGACGGACUUAUAAUCAUUUAAAGAUGUUUGACGAGGCAGAAGCAGCAUAUUUAAAGGCAAAGUCCCUUUUGCCGAAAGCGAAGCCCGGGGAGUCGUAUCAGGCGAGAAUAGCGCCGAACCAUUUGAAUGUUUUCCUAAAUUUAGCGAACUUGAUUUCAAGGAAUCAUACUCGUUUGGAAGAAGCAGAUCUUUUAUAUCGUCAAGCAAUAAGCAUGCGGGCGGAUUAUACUCAAGCCUACAUCAACCGUGGCGACGUACUUAUGAAACUGAAUCGUACUGAGGAGGCUCGAGAAGUUUACGAAAGAGCCUUAUUGUAUGAGAGUGACAAUGCGGAUAUUUACUAUAAUUUAGGAGUGGUUUAUCUAGAGCAAGGCAAAACAUCGCAAGCUUUGGCUUAUUUGAACAAAGCGUUAGAAUUAAACCCAAAUCAUGAGCAGGCCCUGCUUAAUUCUGCAAUCGUACUCCAAGAGCUAGGCAGCACAGAGAACCGGAAGGAGGCGAGAAUUCGUUUAUUUAAAUUGCUGGAAAUCAACGAUACUAAUGAACGUGUUCACUUCAACCUCGGGAUGCUGGCAAUGGAUGAGCAUAAUAUUGAUGAGGCAGAACAAUGGUUCAAACGUGCCGUUCAUUUAAAGCAUGAUUUUCGAAGUGCUCUUUUUAAUUUGGCGUUAUUGUUGGCAGAUGAUAAGCGACCACUUGAGGCUGCACCAUUUCUUAAUCAACUCGUUAAAUAUCAUCCGAACCAUGUUAAGGGACUGAUACUUUUGGGGGAUAUUUAUAUCAAUAACAUUAAAGACUUGGACGCCGCAGAGAAUUGCUACAAACGCAUUUUGGAAUUGGAUCCGAAAAACAUUCAAGGUCUGCAUAAUUUGUGCGUCGUGCACGUUGAACGUGGCAAACUUGCUAAAGCUCUAGACUGUUUGAGGGUAGCCCAUAGUUUAGCAUCAAAAGAAGAUUAUAUUUUACGACAUUUAAAAAUUGUUGAAUCCCGUUUACAAAAAGUCAAACAAACACCUGGAACAAAUCGCGAGAAGGAGCUCGCCCUAUCCGACUAUGAUCCGAAUGAAUUCCGGAAUCUUCGUAACCUUAUUGGCGGUGGAAAUGGUCAAGCAGGCGUUACCGAGGAGGACACUGUCCUGAAACGCCCGAAACCAAUAACUCAGCACUAUUCCUCUGCCACUGAUGAUUCAUAACAUAUACGACCUCUUCCUCGUCUUCGAAAUAGAAAUUUUUAAGAGAUUGAAAGUAAUUGUUAUAUAUAUAUUUUUUACUGUUAUUUUUAAGACUUACGGUAAGGAUAGGCGGUAAGACGAUUAGUUAAAUAUUCUAGGGAGUAAGAGGCUAAGCUAAAAUUUACAGUAGAACAUAUUAAACAAUGAAAUUAGCUAAGGAGUAUACAUGUUAAGGUUAAUAUUGUAGUAAACAGUUGUGUACUUAAUGAUAUUUUAUAUGGAGAAAGUUCUCAUUGGUUUGUUUGUGAUUGAGGAUAUUUGGUUAUUAUUUUAGUCGAAAUGUUUAGACAACUAUAAAACCUAAUUAAAUUGUAAAAGUGAGGCCCGAAUGUAGUCAAAUGAAUAGGAUUUAUCGUGCAGGUCUCUUAAAAAUUGAGACCGCACCAGACAUUUUAAAUGGGUAUUGCUAACCAUUCGUUUUUUAUAAUACUGACCUAGCGGUUUAUACGGAAUGAUAGCACGAAACUUGCAAGCGCAACGCUGAAAUUAGCCAAGUCUAGUUGGAUUCUAUUUCUAGUCAAAAUUUUUUAAGAGUUUAUGAGAGUAUUGUGCAAUUAAAAAUUAUUUAAAACGGAAUGUGUGUGCGAAGCGAUUUUAGAUAAAAUUUGAGCGAAUUUAUUGGAGGCUCGUUGUGCUUUAGUAUUGUGCUAUCCUUCACCUGGGAUUUUGACCAGCGGAAAUCUUAGAGAGAAUGAACACUUAAGAUUAAGAAUCUUCCUUGUGCGAGACCAAUUUGAAACUUAAAAUAUGAAUUUUCAAUUUGAGAACGAAAGACCCUUCAAAACAUGAUAGCAUGCAAGGUUUUCAAAAUGAGGUGGUCGGACAUCCAGUAUGUGUACUUAAUAUGGAAAGUUAUUUUUAUAAGACAUAAAAGUCAGGUAAACUUAUAGCUUUAAGCAUUGAUAAUAUUAAAAACUGAUAAAAAUACGUUAUUACUGAUAUUAAAAGUAGUUAAACUAAAAGUGUCAGCAUAAAAUCAAAUGAUAUUUUCCAAACAGAAACGAUUAUCGUAUGAAGUAGAAUUUUUGGUUUACUGGUUGAGUAAAUGUGGGGUUUAGUUUUCUUCAGACUUAAUGAAAGUUUUUUUAAUAAAUCUACAUAUUAUAUUGGAAUCUGUAUUUAAUUGUUUAGCAAGAAAUUUAAGAUUGCUGUGCCUGUUCUGUAGCGGUAAUGGUUUUCAGCCAUUGAAUUAUCGAAUCGGUCCAAAUACGUCGGCAGUCCGAGGUGGCCGUUGCUUGUUAUCAGU